AUGUCAGCCAGCAGUGCAUUCUACAAUAUCACGCCCAAGAUGUGGAACAAGCUGCUCCACUUCUCAAGUUUCCCACAGUCGGGUAUAUCACUACAGCAGAUGGUUAUGUUCGGAUCUAAUCCGUCACAGGGGACGUUGUUGCGAGCUGGCAAUUUCCUUUCGGAAGAGCUGCCAAUAAGAUUAGCGCACCGCUGCGUUGAGCUGAACACGCUACCGAACGAACUCUCGGAGAUGCCCAGUAUAAGGAAGGUGCUGGGUUGGUAUGCGCACUCGUUCGACGAGCUCGUACACUUCCCUCAGCCGAAUAUUCCGCCAGAUGUGCGCGCGCAAUUGUUCGCUCCGACCAACAGACGCGCCGACCGACUUCCCGAAGCGAGUCCGAAUCUAGCGCAGCUGGAAGAUGAGAACACGCCGGGUCCAGUGAGUGGGAGUGGGAGCGGGAAUGGUAUUGGUAACGGCAACGGGAAUACCAACGGCAAUAACGCCGCACAAACUACACACAAAUACCGUCGCAUCCCCAUCGAAUCCCGCUACCAUGCUCACACACCCGAUCUCGAAUGGCCACCUUCUGUCGCGCACUACAACGAAAGCUUCACGCGGUUGCUCGAGGGUAUAAAACGGCGACACGAUAGCGUCGUACCGACUAUAGCGCAAGGAGUGCUAGAGUACAAACAACAUCAGCGCAGUGCGGGUGGUGUCGACACUGAUAUUCAGUCAUUCCUAGAUCGCUUUUACAUGUCGCGCAUUGGUAUACGUUUCCUCAUUGGCCAGCAUGUCGCUCUCAACGCUCUCACUCCUCACCACCCUGAUUACGUAGGCAUCAUAUGCAAGAGGACGAAUGUGCGCGAUGUUUGCGAUGAAGCGAUCGACAAUGCUCGCUUUAUUGCUGAGGAUCAUUACGCUCUCUUCAAACCGCCACAGGUUCAGCUCAUCUGCCCUCCCAAUCUUGAAAUUUCGUACGUUCCUGGACACCUCAACCACAUCGUCUUUGAGAUUAUCAAAAACUCCCUUCGAGCUGUGAUCGAGCGCUUCGGAGUGGAUGCCGAAGAUCAGAUGCCACCUAUUAAGGUGAUUGUCGCAGCGGGGAAUGAGGAUAUUACUAUCAAGAUCUCGGACGAGGGUGGUGGUAUACCGCGCAGCGCUAUCCCGCUCAUCUGGACGUAUAUGUACACUACCAUGGAGGGAUCGGCCCUUGAUCCCGAAUUCGAGCAAUCGGGCAGCGACUAUAAAGCUCCGAUGGCCGGUCUUGGGUAUGGCUUACCGUUAUCGAGACUUUACGCACGCUAUUUCGGUGGCGAUCUGCGCCUUAUCUCCAUGGAAGGAUAUGGGACUGAUGUGUAUAUUCAUCUCAACCGCUUAUCCUCUAGUGCAGAACCUCUGCAGUAG